UUUUUUAAGUCAUAGGAGUGAGGCUCGCCGGGGUUGUGGGAGUAAGAUGGCGGGGAAGAAGAAUGUUCUGUCGUCUCUGGCAGUUUACGCGGAAGAUUCAGAGCCCGAGUCCGAUGGCGAGGCUGGAGUUGAAACGGCGGGCGGCGCGGCUGAGGAGAAAGGUGGAUUAGUAUCUGAAGCCUAUGGAGAGGAUGACUUUUCUCGCCUCGGAGGUGAUGAAGAUGGUUAUGAAGAAGAGGAGGAUGAGAACAGCAAGCAGUCGGAAGAUGACGAUUCAGAGACUGAAAAACCUGAGGCUGAUGACCCAAAGGAUAAUCCCGAAGUAGAAAAGCGAGAUCCUCAGGAAUUAGUCGCCUCCUUUUCUGAAAGAGUCCGGAACAUGUCACCUGAUGAAAUCAAGAUCCCACCCGAACCCCCUGGCAGGUGUUCGAACCACUUACAAGACAAGAUCCAGAAGCUUUAUGAACGGAAGAUAAAGGAAGGAAUGGAUAUGAACUAUAUUAUUCAAAGAAAGAAAGAAUUUCGGAACCCCAGCAUCUACGAGAAGCUGAUCCAGUUCUGUGCAAUUGAUGAGCUGGGCACCAACUACCCAAAGGAUAUGUUUGACCCCCACGGUUGGUCUGAGGACUCCUACUAUGAGGCCUUAGCUAAAGCCCAGAAGAUUGAAAUGGACAAAUUGGAAAAGGCCAAAAAGGAACGAACCAAAAUCGAGUUUGUGACAGGCACCAAGAAAGGUACCACAACCAACGCCACAGCCACCACCACCACCACAGCCAGCACAGCAGUUGCAGAUGCCCAGAAGAGAAAGAGCAAGUGGGACUCUGCCAUUCCGGUGACGACGAUAGCGCAGCCAACCAUCCUCACCACCACAGCCACCCUGCCAGCUGUCGUCACGGUGACCACCAGUGCCAGUGGCUCCAAGACCACUGUGAUCUCUGCCGUGGGCACCAUCGUGAAAAAGGCCAAGCAGUGACCUGAGGGACCAGCUUGGGGUGGCUCGGACAUUUCUUUCCAUCAAGGGGAGGAGCCACUUCAGGACGUGGGGAGACUGUGCAGCCCGGAGACCAACAUUGGCACAGAGGUGCCGCCUCUGUUUAUUUCAGGACUAGGAUCUGCUCCCCAGAUGCCACCCCAAGAGGAGCCUCUUUGUGGCGUUCCAGCCAGGAAAAGGACAUAGCUACAGAGGAGUCGGGUGCUGUGGAUGGUGUCCACACACCACUUGAGGUCCGGUGCCCUAUUAAAAGUGCCGUAUUCUUCUGUCGGCAUCUUGGCUGCACUGGCCUCUUCUGUGGUCUGUUUUCAGGCAGAUGCGGAAGUUCCAAGUGCCCUCUCCAUCUCCUCUUGUCGGGUUUACUACCUCAGGGUUGGUAGUAGAGUGGCCGAAGCCUGUGGCACUAGUCAGUGGGGGCAGCCCAGGAAGUGGCUGUGGUCAUUCCCGGCAUUUGCCUCUUGGCACGGGCAGGUGGGCGUCCAGAGAGUGGGGGAGGCCCCAUGGUCCCGCUGGCCGCUGCCCUGAUCCUGAAAGCCAGCCAGUUCUCAGACAAGAGCCGAGGUCUCUGCUCCCUUGGGGGAGAUUGAGCCCUCCCAGACUCUUCAGACACACCCAGGCUUUUGAAGUCCGGCCUGUUACCAGAAGGCCUGGAUUUGAUCCCCAGGCUUCACAGGGAGCCCGAGAGGCAUCCGCGCUUGGCCAAGGCUGCCCCGGUCCCUCAGUGCCCGCCGAGCACUGCCAGCGGGCUCCACGCCGUGUGGGACAUGAAUCACCUCCUGCCCUGGCGGCGGCAGCUCAUUGUUUACGUGAAAGCCAGGCUCUUGGGAGGAUCCUGCCACCCCACCUUUCCUGUGCCUGUUAUCUCUACCCCACAGCAGCGCCUGGGCAGCGCCAGCGGCCGCCGGGCUCCUCUUGAGGCCAAAACAGAUUUCCCAGCCGCUGUCAGCCCAGAAGUCUGGAGGGAAUUCUCUUGCCUUUCUUGGCCCUUGGCAGCUGUCCAGCCCAGCGGAAGGGCUAUGUGUCGGAGAGGGAAGCCGGGCUGUGAAGAGCUGUGUUGCUUCUGUGGCAUGGGCAGAGGGUUAGAAAAGUGCUCCUAAAAUUGCACCUGGUAACUGUCGCAUAACCAGAGGAGUACGAUGAUCCUACCCCACCAUCCCCAAAAUAAAAAUUGACUCACAUUUGUCCCUGCCCUUGCCCCCCUCCACACACUUGGGCGCUAAGAGAGGUCAGUGUCAUCCUCCCCUCCUUUGAUGGGACUUUGCAACCCCGGAGAGGAGCUGCUGCCCCUUCAGUCCCAAGAGGGUCUCUGAAGGCUUCCUACCCUGCAGCCUCCAGCGGAGGCCCCUCCGUGGUGCAGGGGCACCGGGGUUGUGUGGGAGGCGGUGCGGCACAGUGGGCAUGGCAGGAGACGUGGACUCUGCCCCUCUGCUCUGGAUCCUGGUUCAGACAAGUUGUGUUUUCAAGUUGUGUGUCUUGGCCCCUUAUCUCUGUGAGUCUUCUCUGUCAAUUCCUGUAAUAAAGCUUUCUAAUUAUAA